GUGAUGUUUCGGGUAAUAGAGUGAUGCUUGAUACGGCCGACGCCGAGUUAUAGUUGUGCGUAAUAUGGAACAUCAUACAUUCGUUCGCGUUACCCGAGUGAAGAAGAUUCUGCUGUACCUACAAAAAAAUCUGUGAUUUUAUUGAAUUUUACUCAUCAUGUCGAAUUGGCGUGUUAAUGGGCAGCCUCCGACGGACUUCCAGUAUUUGUUAUACGACGAGGAAGAUCCGGACGUGGAAGAGGAGAUCGGCGAUGAAAACGAGGAAUUCUUUGAUGACGAGAAUGAAGUCUCGCAAGCGAACGUUUAUCGUUCAUCGGCGCCGACUUCCAUGGAUGAACAUGGAGAGGGUUUACCGGAGCAGUCGCCCUUACCGGAGGCUCCCUCUUACUCUCCUCUCUCGUCGCCAGGGCGCCCUACAAGGAGGCUGCCGCGAACGGAUUCAUCGCCACGUCCUUCAGCGUCUCACGACAGGUCACGAUCUCCGAUACACCUCAACACAACGUUGCAAGAAUCGGUAUUGGUUCCGGAGCCGAUGCAACCGACCGUGAUCCGGAUUUUCGGGGAGAAUGGCCAACCGCUGGACGCUAAGUUCAUCGUUGAAGCCGACGAUGGCAACAUGGACGUGGUGAUGGAAGAAAUAUUCUUGUCCCCGGAUGCCCACGUUCUGUAUGUGUCCCCUGAGGAGCGUGAAAUGAAUGAGAGUGGAAGAAAUGAAAGGGAAUCUAGUGAAAGAAGGAAAAGUAAGCGACAAGGUGGACGAAGUUGUGUGCGAGGACAGAAUGUAGGUGAGCGUGGGCAUCCAAACCGGGGCCAAAGGGGGAACUAUCGGUGGGAGGUGGGACACCCACUGAAUGAAAUCUGGACGAAUGACGAAGACGUUCCCCCUGAACUGGUAAGUUUGGCGACGGAUGUAUUAAAGAGACGACAGAUGAGAAUGGAAGGUGUUGAGAGAACUGAGAGAGAUGAUGAACGAGAGAUUAAUAGCUGGAGCGAAAAUUGUGAUGAAUUUUUCGACGCUGAUGAUGGAGCGGAUAAACUCCUAAGACUGGAAGGCCAGAACCUCCACUUUGAAUGGUCGACUAUGGAGUCCUUUCAAGGCCAGGAGGAAAUAUUUAGUCCAGAGCAUACUGGUUCUGUAAACGUUUACAAUUCGGCAUAUGAUGCUUUUCGCUCCUAUUGGAGCGAUGACGUCUUAGGCCUAAUUGUGGAUGAAACGAACCGGUAUGCCACUAAAAUGUCUGUUGCUUUCCAGGCUGAAUGGUAUCCCACCAAUGUCCAUGUAAUUUUAUGCCUUUUUUCGUUCUGGAUGAUGUUGGGGAUUGUCAGAAUGCCAACUAUUGUCAGUUGUUUUUCUCUCGAUCCUCUUCUGCAAACGGAAGUUUUCAGGCGCAUAUUCACGCGGAAAAGGUAUCAAAUGUUAUCCAGAGCCUUGCAUUUUGUAGAUUUUGACCCCACAGUUAACAAUUAUCCAAAUCCCUCCAACAUAAGCGCCGCUAGCAGCUAUGAUCCACUAUACCGUCUGAUGCCAAUAAUUACACAUUUAAAUUCUAGGUUUCAGGCAAAUUAUAUUUUGCAUAAAGAUAUUUGUAUUGACGAAAGUUUAACCCUAUGGAAAGGAAAAUUGCAUUUUAGACAGUACAUUCAGAACAAAGCUGCUAAGUUUGGUAUCAAGACUUUUGAACUUUGCGAAAGCACAACUGGUUACUUGUGGUCGUUCAUUGUUUACGCUGGUAAGCAAUGUGGUGACUUGCAGAAGUCGCCAGGUGUACUUAAAAGCACGGCUGUUGUGAAGAAGCUCAUUAGUCCCCUACUAAACAAAGGAUAUAGGCUAUUUAUGGAUAAUUGGUACAAUUCGCCUCUAUUAGCUAGAUUUCUGAAGCUCAAUGGUACCGACUGCGUUGGUACCUUGAGAUCUUCCCGUAGAGACGUUCCCGAUAUAAUAAAUAAGGCUCCUCUUAAAAGGGGCGAGUUCAUAGCGAGACAUUCCGGCGAUGUCUCCGUAUUAUCAUGGCAAGACAAGAAACGAGUAACCAUGAGUUCCACUUGUCAUGGUUCAGCUACUGCGUUGCCUACAGUUCCGUCGCGUCAACCACAUCGUCCAACACCAUUCAAACCGCAGGUGGUGUUGGACUAUAAUAAGUUCAUGGGUGGGGUGGACAUGAAGGACCAAAUGCUCGAGCCUUAUUUAAUAGAACGGAAACGUUGUGCCAAAUGGUACAUGAAACUUUUUAAACGCUUGCUUAAUGUGUCUAUUCUCAAUUCUCGCAUUCUUUUAGAGUCAUCUUUACAAAAACGUCAUAAUCAUUUAGUUUUUCGUCUUAGUCUUGUAGAUUCUAUUCUCACGAAUCAUCUUUCACAUUGUCCACAAAUUCGUAAGUUUACUGUUUCCGCCAGUAGAUCUACGCACCAACAGCCGCAGAGUAUAAUUCGUUCUGCACAUUGGCCCGUUCUACUGAAACAGACAGAGUGCGCGGUAGCAGCUAACCGAAAUUUCCGGAAGCGCUGCGUUGUGUGUCUUAAAAAUAAGAAGUCACAAAAGACGCCAUAUUGCUGUGACACCUGCAAAGUGCCACUGUGUGUAACGAAUUGUUUUAAAUUACACCAUACGUCACUGUAGUAAUGCUUUGCUUUCUCUUAUUUCAGUUAUUUCCAAAUAUUCACAAAUAGUUUUAUUUUAUGGAAAACAAUGUAAGGUUUGAGUGUACAGGAUGCCUGCAUGUUAUGAUAGGUAUUUUAUGAUGACGGAGUGCAAGGUUUGUGUGUGAAGAAUAUUUGGGGAUUUUAUUGGACCAAAAUAGGCAUAGAUUGUUUUACUAGUAGAAUUGCUGGCUGAUUACGUUUCGCUGACUCUGAAAGUGCUCGAUUGAAAAUAAUAAAAUUGUUACUUUCGAGAUUGUUUUACGAUUGUGAAUGAGAUUGACAGGUUUAGUUACUAAGAGAGUACUAAAAAAAUAAAAUCCAACUGAGAGUAAUCUUCUUCAUUUCAUCUACAUGAUUUGAUUCAGUUACAUAAUCAGCCUUCUGACUAUAUAAUUUGCGUGUAUUGUGUAAAUGUUGUUGUGGAAAUAUUUCGAUAUUAUAAGAAGUGUUCUAUCCACCUUUUUAAUAACAGACUGUCAUAGUUUUACAAUUUGUUUUAUGAGUGGACGGACAAUACAUUUUUUGUCAGUGAAUAACGUCAAAAACGUUAUUCACUGACAAAAAAUGUCAGUGAAUAACGUUUUUGACGGUCAAAUUACUAGUUUAAAAUUAGAAAUGUUAUUGUUUUAAACCUUUAAAAUUAAUUAUGCGUAAGUUUAUUGUGUGGAUAUUUGUGACUAUUUCACGCUUAUAUUAGGAAUUACGUAUUUAUCCAGAAUAAUUUCUUAUUUUUUGCUAUGUUCACGCUUUUGAAGCUACAGCAGCAUUUGUAUAUAAAACACAAUAUUUCAUA